UAGAUUGCCUUUUACAUGUAUGUUCAUAAGGUGAUUUGUUUAACUUGGAAUUUUAGGCCUCAUAAUAUUCAUGAGCCAAGCAUCGUUCUUUCUUUGGUCAAUGUUCCAACACGUCUGGGAAGUGAAAGGGCAACUCUGCAUGAGCUCAAGCACGGCACAGGUACUAGGUGUAGCUCCUCCCACCGGAAAAUGAUUAGCAUGAGAAGAGGAUUGUGGGGCAAGGUUUCGCGCCAAAAUCAAACGAUUCCGCGCGAAAUCUUGUCAUUUCCUAGCGGAGGCGGAGGAUCGGUGUACGAUACAACCUUGUCUUUGGCAACAGUGUCUUCAAGUUCAAGCACAGAAUUUACCGAUCAAAUGCCUGGUGCUGCUGAAGAAACGACCUAUUCUCCGUCUUCUAAACGUGCCAGGCUCGACGAAGGAAAUAUGCCGACCAACACGGCAAUAUUGCCCCCAGUUCUGCGCUUUGCAAAACUGUCGGAGAACGCAACGCCACCAGUGAGGGGUUCAGAAUUAGCCGCCGGCCAUGAUUUGUACAGCGCCGAGGAUAAAAUCGUUCCAGCAGAGGGCAAACAGACAGUGAUGACGGACAUUACGAUUGAGCUUCCAGAAGGAUGUUAUGGAAGAGUGGCACCAAGAUCGGGAUUGGCCCGGAAAAAUCAUAUUGAUGUUGGUGCUGGUGUUAUAGACAGGGACUAUCGGGGUAACGUUGGCGUUGUUAUGUUUAACCUUGGCAAGGAGGACUUCAAAGUGGAGAAGGGUAGCCGCAUCGCACAAUUGAUAUGCGAGAGAAUACUCUAUCCCGAGUUGGAAGAAGUGACAAAAGAAGAACUGACCGAGACCAAACGUGGUAGUGGUGGAUACGGAUCAACAGGAACCAAAUGAGCAUUUUA